GCAAUGAAUCAGAGGGACUGGUACCCAUUAUCUACUUCCUUACCCAGAACCAAACACAAUGGCUUGCCACAAAGUAGCAGCUGCUCCCUUUCAACUUCUUUCUCUUGUCAGUUUCCUUCUUUUCUUAAAUCCAUAUUCUUCUAUUUUCCUUGAAGCCACAACAAUAUUUGCCAACUCCAAUACUGUCAAUGAUGAGAGGUCCAAUGUGGCUUGCAUUGAGGAAGAGAGGAAGGCCCUCCUUGAAUUCAAGCAAGGACUUCAAGAUCCUUUGUUUGAGCUUCAUUCUUGGGUUGGCAAAGACUGCUGCAACUGGCAUGGCAUAGUCUGCAACAACCAAACAGGAAAGAUACCAGAGGGUAUCGGAAGCUUACAUGAGUUAGAAGCACUUGACCUCUCUAGUAACCAUCUUUGGGGUUUAAUUCCUUCAAGCAUGAACUCCAUGACUUCAUUAAACAAAUUGAAUUUGUCAUUCAGCAACUUCUCUGGGCCAAUCCCAUCAGCCAACCAAUUCCACACCUUCGAUCCAACCUCAUUUGAAGGAAACUCCGGACUUUGUGGACCUCCAUUGCCAACCCAAUGCAGCUCAGCAUCCCAUAAUGAUCCAGCUGCAAAGGUUGAGGAAGAUGAAGAAGAUAAGUAUGGAAAAUUAUGGUCCUAUGCAAGCACAGCGUUGGGGUUCAUUGUAGGAUUUUGA